UUUAAUGAAUCCGCACCAAUGGCGACGACUCAGUGGACUUCUUUUGGACAUGAUUCGCCGUACAUUUUAUGUUGAUUUUCAUAGCCAAUCAAACAGAAUCGGCUUUAUUUUGGUUGUAUUUUAGAGUCCUUGCAAAUAAAAGGUUUACUGAAUGGACAACAUAUAGCUAAGUUCUGCUUUACACACUCCAAGAAUAAAAAACAGUAAUAGAAAAUAACGAUAUAUAAAAAUGGAGCAGUUUCAGGCCCAGCAAGGGGCUGUAACUCUUGAUGCAAGUCAGCAGGCAUUCCAGCAAGUAGCCCAACCUUUGGUGAUGCAAGGACUUCCAAUGCAAUUCCUGCAAGCUGGAACCAAUCAAUUUUCUGCUGCUGGACAGCAGCCUCAACUUAUACAGUUAAAUGGACAGGGUCAGAUGCCUUUGAUUCAAACAGCAAAUGGUCAACAGAUUAUAGUACAAAUGCCACAAAACCAGUCAUCUAUGAGCAUGCCAAACGGACAACAGUUCCAACAGUUACAGUAUGUGACGGCACCAAUUACAAGCCCUACAUUACAGACAUUUGGUCAACCCCAGCAGCUAGUUAUACAGCAACCACAGGGACAACUCUUGAACCAACCUCAGAUCAUUAACUCACAAAAUUUAGCACCAUUUGUCAAUCAGUUUACACAGAUUGUACAGACCCCAGAUGGACAGACAAUUUUAUACCAGCAACCACAAGCAGGGCAACAAGUUACUUCUCAACUACCUACACCAACAGAUAGUACAGGACAACAACAACAACAAACAAAUCAAGUACAAGCUACUGGUAUGGUGAAUACAGACCAGAGUCAGCAACAGCAAGCAGCACCACAGUUUAUUCAAGUUCCUGGUGGACAAAUUAUGCAAGUUGUUGGAGGAAAUAUAACCAACUUAAAUUUACCCGGGGUCCAGCGUGCUCAGGCUGGUACCCAGGAAUCAACAGACGAGGAACCAUUGUAUGUUAAUGCUAAACAAUACCAUAGAAUACUGAAAAGACGGCAGGCACGGGCAAAACUAGAGGCGUCAGGGAAAAUACCAAGAAUAAGAAAAAAAUAUCUCCAUGAAUCGAGACAUAUACAUGCCAUGAACAGAGUUAGAGGAGAAGGUGGUAGAUUUCACUCAAUAAAAAAUGAACCAUACGAGGGGGAUGGUCUUAAUAUCAAACAAGAGUCAGAUGAGGACAACGAAGUUUCUCGGUUAAUGUCGCAAGCCAUGAACGGUGGCCAGUUAAACCCAAUGUCAUCCCUCCAUCACAGUACUUCAUCUCAUACCAACAUUUCAGUUAGUUCUCAUUACACAAACUCUGAAUUACGACAUAUAACGCCUAGUAAAGGAUAACCUCAUUUGUGUUUUAAAUAUUACAUAUUUUUGUAUUAUUUCACCAUGUUAGUGCAGUAAUGGGUUAACUACCAUUUUUAGCUCGACUAUUCGAUAAGAAUAAGUAGAGCUAUUGUAGUCACCGGAGCGUUGGCGUCGGCGUAACCACUUAUGUUUUUGUAAUAGUUCAAAUAUUUUCAAAGUCCAUUGACAUAUGGCUUUGAAACUUUGCACAAUUGUUCACCAUCAUGACCCCAACCUGUAGACAAGAGGGGGUAACUCUAUCAAGCAUUUUGACAGAAUUAUGCCCCUUUUUCAACUUAGAAUUUACGUUAAAGUUUUUGUAAUAGUUAAAAUAUUUUCAAAGUCCAUUGACAUGGCUUUGAAACUUUGCACACUUGUUCACCAUCAUGACCCCAACCUGUAGACAGGAGGAGGUAACUCUAUCAAGCAAUUUGACAGAAUUAUGCCCCUUUUUCGACUUAGAAUUUACGUUAAAGUUUUUGUAAUAGUUCAAAUAUUUUCAAAGUCCAUUGACAUAUGGCUUUGAAACUUUGCACACUUGUUCACCAUCAUGACCCCAACCUGUAAACAGGAGGAGGUAACUGUAUCAAGCAUUUUUUUUUACUAUCAAGCACUAAGAAUAGUGGAGCGUUGCUGUCCUACCGACAGCUUUUGUUGGAACAAAGAGAGGUAACUUGUGUCUGCAUUAAGGUGAUGAUUUUCAUGUCAUUAUUUAUUAUUUUGAAACAAAUUGGUUUAUUAAUCAUGGAAUUUUUAUAGUUGAUGUAGUGUGUGUUUUACAGAAAUAUUGAAAAGCACUCAAAGUGCGUAAAAUGGUGCAAUAUGUAAAAUAUUCUUUGAAGUGUUUUUAAAACUUAUUAUUUGUAAUACAUUUUCAUUCUUUGCAAUUUCUGGAUAAUCAUGUUGUCGUUUCUUUUAUCAAUUUGUUAACUGAAGAGAGCAUAAAAUGCUCAUACCUAGUUAUCAUUAUCAUGAUCAUUUUAAUCAUUACAGAAUUUUGUAUCCAUGGUAAUGGAAAAGAAAGUCCUUUAAUUAAAAGAUAUUUUAAUUUUUCAGCGUGGACACUGGUGUGAUAAUUAGAUAAAUUUCUCUGUAAAAAGAUAGAAAACUUUAGCUAAGUAAUUAUCAUCAUAACAUUUUUCUGUUUUACAUGUGUAGAGAAACAACUAUGUACAGAACAAUGAAAAUGGGUUUUACCCGUUUUAGUGUAGAUAAAACCAGGUAUGGUCACUGUUAAUGUAUACAACUCCAUGCGAUAUUUUUUUAACCUUUUCUUUUUAAAUGAACUUUUUAGUGUGGAAAAAAGGUUUUUUACCAAAUUUGUUAUUUUUAUUGCACCUGACGGUACAUAAAGAUUUUUUUCUUACAUUGUAGCUAGUUUUUAUGAAUGUAAACUUUUUUGUUAUUUAAUUUAUUUGUUGAUAUUUUGUUUAUGACACAACUUACAAAGUAGUUUGUUUUGCUCAUUUUUAUUUGUCUAUCUUUUUAUAAAGAGAUAGGUGAAGAUCAAUGUAGUUGGCUGAGAGGCCAAAAAUACAAAGUCUGUUUUUAGUUAUUUUUUUAAGUUUUGUUUUAUGAAAUAAGAAUUACAUUAAUUUAUAUGCAUGGUAUCUUUAUUGAAGUUUAUGUUCAUUAUUUAGUUAUUUUAUAGAAUAUUUCUUACAGAGAGGGUCAGUAGAUUUCAGAUUCAAGCUGACUUUGUUUAUGAAUGAAAAUUUAAAAAAAAAACCUACUUUGUCUUAAGUAUAAAAAAUUAUAUAUGUAAUAUCAAAAUAUCAGAAUCUUGAUUUGCUCAAUCAAGUGACAAAAUAAAAAAGAAAGAACUACAGCUACCAUUUUGUUAUAUAUAAACUUAAAACUUGUAGAGAUGUAAAAUUGUUAGAGGUGUAAUGAUAUAUAGAUGUAUCGUUGCACCAAGUUUUGCCUUGUCAUGGAAAGAAAAUGUAGAUGACAAUAAAUUAAAGUCCAAUACAGAUUAUACCUUGGAAUGCAUGUAUCGCAAAAUGACAACAAUUUCUUACACAUAAAAAAUUUAAAAGCCAGAUUAAACUUAUUUGAUAAAAAACAAUGUGACAAAUACAAACAUUGUCAAAUUAUUAUAGGAGGUUUUGAUGAAAAGUUAACAGGGUUUUGAAUUCAAUGGAAUUUUGUUUAUAUGAAUUUUCACCAUGUUAUAAGUUUGAAAGUCAGUAAUGUGAUCUGUGUUGCAUUGUCAAUAAGAUGUAUCACAACUAAAUUUCUUCUACUAUACGGUAUGUAUCAUGAAUUCAAUUGCUCAACAGAAAACAUAUAAUUGUAUGUAUUUUUACCCAACGAAAAAAAAACAAAAAACCACAAUGUUCAGCCCUAAUGAAUGUUCAGGGACCAUAGAUUUUACAUGUAGUGAUUAUCAAUUAUCAUUAAAUUAUCACUACAAUUAUCAUCUAGAAUAUUAUAAAAACUAUUAUUUCAUGGUUAAGGCAGAUCUCCGUCAUUAUUGAUUAAAAUGAUGCAGUAAAUACCUUUAACAAAUUGCAGUUUUUGCAUAUUGAUGACAUGUCUAUGAUACAAGUUUAAACACUUUAUUGUACACCCACCACAUAAUGGGGAGGAGGCUAUAGUGGAAUCAUUCUUAGUGUGAGUCGUUCUGUUGGUCUGUCCAUACGUUUCCAUCAUGUGUGUUUUAUAAAUAUUUUUAUACCCCCGCACAACAAAGUUGUAAGGGGGGUAUACUGGAAUCAGCUUGUCCGUCCGUCCGGCUGUCCGGCCGGCCGUCCGUCGGUUUUUUCUUGUCCGCCCAAUAACUUAAGAUUCCUUUGACCCUUAGUCUUCAUAUUUGGCAUGGAGGUUAGUCAUGAUUAGUAGAUGACCCCUAUUGAUUUUGAGGUCACUAGGUCAAAGGUCAAGGUCACAGGGGCCUUGACUUCAAAAAGCUUGUCCGCCCAAUAACUUUAGAUUCCUUUGACCUACAGUUGUCAUAUUUGGCAUGGAGGUUAGUCAUGAUAAGUAGAUGACCCCUAUUGACUUUGAGGUCACCAGGUCAAAGGUCAAGGUCACAGGGGCCUUGACUUCAAAAGCUUGUCCGCCCAAUAACUUAAGAUUCCUUUGACCCACAGUCUUCAUAUUUGGCAUGGAGGCUAGUCAUGAUUAGUAGAUGACCCCUAUUGACUUUGAGGUCACCAGGUCAAAGGUCAAGGUCACAGAGACCUUGACUUCAAAAAGCUUGUCCGCCCAAUAACUUAAGAUUCCUUUGACCCACAGUCUUCAUAUUUGGCAUGGAGGUUAGUCAUGAUUAGUAGAUGACCCCUAUUGAUUUUGAGGUCACCAGGUCAAAGGUCAAGGUCACAGGGGCCUUGACUUCAAAAAGCUUGUCCGCCCAAUAACUUAAGAUUCCUUUGACCCACAGUCUUCAUAUUUGGAAUGGAGGUGAGUCAUGAUUAGUAGAUGACCCUAUUGAUUUUGAGGUCACCAGGUCAAAGGUCAAGGUCACAGGGACUUUGACUUCAAAAAGUUUGUCUGCCCAAUAACUUUAGAUUCCUUUGACCCACAGUCUUCAUAUUUGGCAUGGAUGUUGAUCAUGAUUAGUAGAUGACCCCUUUUGAUUUUGAGGUCACUGGAUCAAAGGUCAAGGUCAUAGGGACUUUGACUUCAAAAAGUUUGUCCACCCAUUAACUUAAGAUUCCUUUGAUCCACAGUCUUCAUAUUUGGCAUGGAGGUUGAUCAUGACUAUAAGGUGACCCCUAUUGAUUUUGAGGUCAAUGGGUCAAAGGUCAAGGUCACAGGGACCUUGACAAAAAAAAGCUUUUCUUCUCAAUUGCUAAAGAAUGUCCUGUCCGCAAUGUAUUGAUUUUGACAUUUUCACAUUUGAAGCAUGUAGAAUACAUAACUUAGCAAUGCACUGGCUUAGUAACCUCAGAUUUGGCAGGGAGGUUGUCAUUGAGCUGUAAAUGGCCACUGUUGAUUUUGACAGAGUGGUAUGCGGGGGUAUUCACGCCAUGAUAGUGGCAGUUCUAGUUCCCCUUGAAGGAUAUGCUUCAAACUAUGCUAAAAUAUUAACCUCUAAAAUGUGAUGUGCAGAGCGCAUGUAACAGCUGUGCUUAAUCAAGGCCACUUCUGUAGGUCAAAGGCCAAAUAUCAGUCAAAUUUGUGUCUUCUCUACAAAUCCUAUAGCCUUUGUAGAAUUUCUUCAAAUUUUGAACAUUUGUUCACCUCAACAAGGCCCUCAGACAAGUUUGUGGCUGCUUUAUAAAUCCUGGCUCAGAUGAUCAGGUCAGCAAGGCAAAUUGCAGAACCCAUGCCACUGUUGUGAAGACUCAAGGUCAAAGUAUUCCUUGAAGGUCAAAUAUCAGCCAAUUUUGUGUCUGCUCUUUAAAUCCUAUACCUCUUGAUGCUUUGUCUUCAAACUUGGCUCAAAUGUUCACCUCAACAUGGUAAAGUGCAAAACCCAUGCUGCCACUAUAGAAGGUCAAGGUCCCCCUUCAAGGUCAAAAUGGAAUCUUUUGUUUCUGCACUAUUAUAUACUUUUCAAAUGACUUUUCAAUCUUAACUGAAACGUUUUCUUUCAAAAAAUGAUUAUCAAUUGCAUUGCAUAAUAUCCUGUGUGCUAGGGAUAAGGUGUAUUUGUUACUCUGUAUAUCAGUAGAAUUUUAUCUGACUUGAUGCUUUUAGUUGCACAGUUUUAUUAUACAGGGCAUAUACAGGUAUAAUGAAACCCCUCAAAUUGAUAGUUCUCAGAGGGUAUAAAGCUAUAUUUAUACUUACCUAAUAUUGUCUAAGUAACUGCAAAGUGAAUGGAUUCUUAGCCAAGCAAAUAUAGGAGAAUGAUAUGUUUUAAAGAUUUGUAAGAACGAGUUACAUGUAGUUAGUUUGGGAGUGUAUAUAUCCCUGUGUGUAUCCAAUGAGAAAAACAUUUGUUAUUGUAUUUAUUUUUUUUAGAAAUAAAUAACCACCAAUGUGUGAGGUUUUUUGUUUGUUUUAUACAUUGUAUUUUGUUUUAGAAAUAACCACCAAUAAACACUGUAAUGGUAAAAUGUUUGAAUGCUUUAUGGUAUGUAUACAUGUAUAGAACCAGUUCUAGCUUUUUCAUUGGAUAAUUGAAAUCAUGUUGACCACCAUUUCACAAAUUCAGCAAAGUUAGUGUUUACAAUUGUUGAGAAGUUAAAUAACAAUCUGAAUAGCAUCUUCCAUUAAAAGUGAUAAUAAAUUACUUUUCUAGUGGAUGAAUAUUAAUUUAAAGAAAUAGAAUAAAGAACCUAUCAAAUGUUUUAGAUUUGUUAAUUAAAGACAUGUUAUUGUUAUUUUUGUAUUUCAAUAUACUAUUUCCUUUGUUAGAUGUAAGAUUAUAUAUUAAUCUAUGUUACUUGAAGCUAUCUUAAGCUAUUUUUGUUCCAUAUUAACUAUUUACAGUAUAUUUUUCUUAACUUACAUGAUAUGAACAAUUUUUCAUGUCAAAAUGGAUUUAAAGAUAUUCAAUAGGUAUCAUAAAAUAAAACAAUAAACAUUGAAUACAAUUUUAUGCAAAUGAAAACCAUGAUUAUUUUUUCCUGUUAUCAAGGAUACCAUAGGAGAUGAACAAGCUCUUAUUUCCAUUGUAGUCCUAUAAAACCAUUUUCACCAAGUACCUGCCAUUUUCAUUAUUUAUUUGAGCCGUGCCACGACAAAACCAACAUAAUGGGUUUGCGACCAGCAUCUGCGCAGUCUGAUCAGGAUCCAUGCUGUUGGCUAUCAGCUUCUCUACUUGUUAUAGGGUUUGUAAGCGAACAGCAUGGAUCCUGAUCAGACUGCGUGGAUGCGCAGGCUGGUCUGGAUCCAUGCUGGUCGUGAACCCAUUAUGUUGGUUUUGUUGUGACGCGGCUCAUUUCAUUUUUUAGCAUGAUCACACAACAAAUACUUGACAAAAUGUUAGGGACAUGCACUAUAUUUGUUUUGUGCAUAUUAUUUAUUAAUGAGAACCUAUCUAUUUGUUAUUUCUUAUACAAUGUAUUGUACAUGUUUUUUAAUUUAUCAAUAAAGAGAUAACUUUAAUGUA